GCUUUUAACGUCCACGAUAGAGGAUCCUUUAAUAAAAGAUCGCUUAUUUGUGCGUUGCAAUAACUCUCUAAUAAUCAUAAUAUCAGUUUCUUUAAGUUCUUGUUUUAGCAGUAUAUAAAUGGAUAAACAGAAGCAAAAAGUAUCAUUUACUAAUGAAAUAUCUCGUAUGAUGUUUGGAUUUGGUGAUAGCUACAGUCCAAAUCCAGAAACAGUUCAGUUGGUUGAAAACAUAACUUUGGGACAACUUCGAGUUAUAGUUCGAGAAGCAUUGAAGUAUUCUGCUGAUGGAAAAACUUUAAAAGGAGAAGAAUUAAUUUUUUUAAUGAGGCAUAACAAACACAAAAUGCGAAGGUUUGUCAAAUAUUUGCACAACAAAGUAUACAGAAGUUUGCAACACAAUAAUAUAGGAAAUGUGAACAUUGAUGUUAAACCUAAAGGUUAUUUAAUUCAAUUCAUAGAAAAAAUUGAUGAAACUGGUGAAUUUACAGAUCUAACAGAAAUGGAUGAAGUAAAAUAUGAAAGAGAAUUGAGAGCUGAUAGAAUCUCACAAGCGUUAAAUGAAGAACAAUAUUUAGAGUUCUGUAAAGCACGUACAACAUCUUUUUGUAGUAAGCAUAUCACUAUGAGAAACUUAGAUAAGUUGAAAGCGUGGAUUGAUCCUGAUUUAAAUAGUCAAAUCAUAUAUCGAUUUGAAGCUAUGGAAGUCUUAGCAUAUUUAGCUUAUCAAACAGUUGCUGAAAUUGUGGAUUAUGCAUUGUUAGUCAGAAUGGAUUCUUCUAGCGGUCAUGACCCAUUGAAAUCCUUAGUUGGCUCUUAUUACUCUGCUACUAUGUUUAGUUAUGCUCAGAAAUUUGGGGCGUCAAACUUGGACCAUAGUAGAGUAUACAAUGGUCAGCCUGCAAUAACUGUCAGUGAAAUUAAAGAAGUUAUGAGAAGAGUAAAAUCUCCCCAAUCUGGAUUUUUGAGUUUUGGAGGAAAACGGCCAGAAACUCAUUUUUGUUUUGCUCUAUAGAUGAUUCUUAACUGUUUUAAAUCAGUACCAUCAUCAGUAUAUUGUAUACUUUGUUAUUUAUUGUGAAUUGAUUUUACAAUUGAAAAAUUUUUUAUCACAAUCAUUUGUAAAUUUAAAUAAAGACUAAUUUUUAA